UGUGUUAUUGUUUUAACUGUGUUUAAGGUCCAACUUUACGUAUUCAUACAGACACAUGACUGUAGCAGUACUACAAAUAUGGGAAUUCGGAAUAGCUGACAGAAGUUUGAUAAAUGCAUUAGCAAAGUUUACCGGUAGAUUUCGUUCGUUUACCCUCGGUCACGUCAACGUUAUCACGACGUGCUGCUUGCGGAGAAGAUGUGAAUCCUGAAGCCUUGUCUUUGGUACAAGUUAAUGUUCACAUGGAACUGUUUCAUACGCGAGUUGUCCAAUAACUGCGAUAAUGUCUGAAAGCGGCUCCAGGGAUCGGUACGAGUUCGAUGCCCCCUCUCACGUAGUCGACUUAGUAGAUCUGGAAAAUGCUGAAGGCGACGACGUGUGGUUUGAGAAACAGGCUGGAGCAGCCGACGGCCACCUUAAGACGCCAGUCGUACCCCCUCAUGUCAAGACUCGAGAGGACUCUGGUCCUAGUACAUCCACAUCGCCUCCUCCAAACAUAGUCACAUCCUGGGGUGCUGGAUCUCCUGCUCGGACUGGUUCAGGACCAAAGAGGAGCGCUGCUGUCCAACCUCCUGCAAAACCACGGAGGGUUUCAAAACGUAGAGAGAUGAGCAGCAGUGCAGCCCCACCACCAUUAAAGAAACACAGGAAAACUCCUGUUGGCCAACGAUCCUGUAGUGUCCUGGGCAGAAAGGUGCAGCAGAAGACCAGGACGGCGUCCAAGGCCCGGCCUUCUGCAUCUUCUGCUACUGCAAACACAGAGCCAAACAGCUCUGAAGAGCAGGAGCUGCAGCGCAUCAGGAACCUGCAGAAGGAAGUGGCGCUGCAUCGCAAGCAGAACGAGGCCAGCUACAAAGCUGCUCUGGCUGGCAAUCCACCACCAAAGAAGAUGGCCAUGAGCGCGACCGUGCCCAAAGAGUUCCACUUCAACACCAGCGCCAAGGCGGCCGCUGCGUCCCACGCAGCCCACAAGGAGGUGGACUUCAUGAGUCAGCUCCGCAAACCCUCCUGCCCCACAAAGGCUAUGAGAGGCGCCACGGUGCCAAAACCCUUCAACCUGUCGACCGGCCACAAGAGAGAGGCGGAGGAGUCUACUGCCUACGUGCCCAUGGCUCAGGCCAUCGCCCAGUUCCAGAAACGAACCCCAGACCGCUACCACCUGCGCAGCCGGAGAAGUCAGGAGAGAGGUCCUGCAGCGGUGAAGGGUGACAAGCUGAAGCUCACCCAGCCUCACACCCCGCACCUGAUGACCCGCCAGAGGAGCCGGCCAACCACAGUGAAGAGCAGCGAGGAGCUGGAGGCCGAAGAGCUGGACAAACUCCACAAGUUUAAGUUCAAUGCCUCGGAGCUGAACAGGAAAAUUCUGCAGAGCGCUGAGCACCUGAAGAGGCCGGCAGUGAAGGAGCCCACUGUCCCCGAAGGCUUUGAGCUGCAGAUUGACAAGCGUCUCCAUGAGAGACAGGCUGCCAGGAGGCCUCAGGAGGAGGAGGAGGAGGAGAAGGUUCACACCUUCAAAGCCCAGCGGCUGCCUAAAAGGAUCCUGGAAGGGGUGGUGGGGCUGCCUGAGAAGAAGGUCCUGCAUCCCACUGUGCCCGAGUCCCCAGCUUUCGCCCUGAAGAAGAGGAUUCGUUUGGAGAGGGUCGAGGAAGUCAAACAGCCGUCGCCCAUCAAGCCCCCCCCAGUGCCUCAUUUUGGCCUCCCCUUCCAGCCCCAGCUUCAAGAGAACCACAACGUGGAGGUCUGUCCCUUCUCCUUUGACGAGCGGGACCGGGAGAGGAGGGUGCUGAAAGAGAAGAAGCUGCUGGAACUGCGAAACGAAGAGGUCCCGCAGUUCAAGGCCCAGCCCCUGCCAGACUUUGACGCUGUGCUCCUCCCAGAGAAGAAGAAGAUAGAGCCCACAAAGCCGGAGCCCUUCAGACUGCUGCUGGAUGAACGGGGAACUGUGAGGAGCACUCGUCUGGAGCAGAUGGGGAAAGGAGAGGAGGCCGUAGUCUUCAAAGCCAGGCCCAACACAGUCACCCACAAAGAGCCUUUCCAGCCCAAGAAGGAGGCGCGCACCAGGCUCGUGGUGGAGGCCUUUGAGCUGUCGACGGAGCGUCGGGCUUUGGAGCGGCAGGAGUUUGAGCAGCAGGCCAUUGAGAAGGAGGCUCUGAGGAUGCGCAUGGAGGAGGAGCAGAGACGAGAGCAGGAGCAGAAGGAGAAGGAGGAGAUCACCAGGAUGCGGCAGGAACAGGUCCACUGUGCUCAGCCCAUCAGACACUACAAGACCGUGGCUGUGAAGAAGAGUGAGGUUCCUCUCACCGUCCCACACUCACCCAACUUCUCUGACCGCUUCCGCUUGUGAUCCAGCCUGCAGACAGACUCUUUUAAAACAAAGGUUUUCUUUGUCUCGUCAUUUUUAAAAACUGCAUUGUAGGUCAGCAGACUUCUGGAUGUGAAGUUGCACAUUUAAGUGACAUGCUCUGUUCUUCUCUGUUCCAUGUUGAGCUAUAGUUACCAUGUGCUGUAUAUAAUUCCCCCUUUUCUAUCCCAACAAGUUAGUCGCUCUCUCCUUUUUAUCCUCAAACUCUUUGUUUUAAAUAAAGGUCAUACAUUGAUGGGCAUUUUGAUUGAAGAUCCACGUGAAAACAGUUUUUAGUGUUUUUAUUGUUUACAGGGUUCCCGCGGGUCCUUAAAGUCUUAAUGUCAUCUAAUAGUUGAUUAAUUUAGUACGUGUGAAAUGAGUCUCCCCGAUUUAAUAGCUUAUUACGGUAGGUCGGCUACAGAUGCUGACGUCGUUCUGCAAAUGCGUACCGCCAUUACGCGGUUGUUGAGGUUCAAAAUGCAAAGAUGGGCAAAGUGUAAAUUUAACGAGAAGAGGAUGCAUUUAGGAGGUGGUUGGCGCCGGCUGAAACAAUUUCUGGGACCUGUUGCGAGACAUAGUUGAAUUGUCAUCAACACGUGUCAUUUUUGAUUGACUUACAAAUAUGUAUGUUAUCUAAUAUAAUCAUUCUGUUUUGUCGUGUCAGUGUGAAAUGUGGCAACCAUUGCUAACUUUUCAUCAAUAUGCAAAGCAUGUCAAAGAAAAAGAAUGGAUAAGAAAAUUGUAAAAAGGCCAGUUGGGGAUGGAUGAAAUACAAUUUACAGAAAUAAAGAGCAAGCUAAUAAAUGUAUGACUGAAAAUAAGGAA